ACAAUCACUUCCUGUUCCCCUAUUAAUUCCCAUCUUGUUCAACCCAUUUCCAUAUCCAUUUCAAGUUGAUCAAACAUGGCCGACUCCAAAUCGCAGAGGUGUGCAGUUGUUACAGGAUCAAACAAAGGCAUUGGAUUUGCCAUAUGCAAGCUUUUGGCUUCCAAGGGGAUUGUGGUGGUAUUGACCGCAAGAGAUGAGAAGAAAGGACUUGAAGCUGUGGACAAGCUUAAACUAGAGUCUGGCCUCUCUAAACAUGUCUUCUUCCACCAACUCGAUGUCUCCAAUCCUGCCAGCGUUUCGUCUCUUGCAGACUUUGUUAAGCACCAAUUUGGAAAGCUCGAUAUUCUGGUGAACAAUGCUGCUGUCUUGGGAUGCCUUGUGGAUGCUGAUGGUUUAAGAGCAGGCGGCAUGGGAAAUAAGCAACUUAAGUGGAGUGAAAUCUCGACGGGGACAUACGAGUUAACUGAAGAGUGCAUUAACAUCAACUAUUACGGUGCCAAAAGGAUGGUUGAUGCACUCAUUGGCCUCCUCCAACUAUCUGACUCGCCGAGGAUUGUUAAUGUUUCCUCCGGCGCCGGGAAGCUUGUGUUUUUCCCGGAUGGCUGGGCUAAGAACGUCUUUAGCAAUGCCGAAUGCCUCACGGAAGAAAAGGUGGACGAGGUAUUGAAGGAGUUUCUAAAAGAUUCUAGGCAAGGUUCUCUCGCGACCAAAGGCUGGCCAGCUUCUCAUUCUGCUUAUAUAGUUUCUAAAGCGGCGUUAAACGCUUACACGAGGAUUUUAGCAGCCAAGUACCCCAAGUUUCGUGCAAAUUGCGUCUGCCCUGGAUUUGUCAAGACGGAUAUAUUGCACCAGACUGGUUUCUGGACACCGGAAGAAGGUGCGGAGGGUCCCGUGAGUCUGUCCUUGCUGCCCGAUGAUGGCCCAUCUGGCCGAUUCUUUCAAGGGACGAAAGAAUCGUCCUUCGUCUCGUAUGAGGAUGAUUAUUAUCUUCCAAAUGGCGAAAAGUUUGUCCUUCCUGAUUUUAAUUGAAGAUGUUUCGUCUUCAAAUGAGGGAAUGUAGGCAUUUG